GGCUUUUCUUCUCCAGUUCCCAGCCGGUUGCCGUCGGGUGUGCACCACUGGAGAAACGUCGGUCAUGCUCAUAUUCAUGUUCAUGUACGGUUAGUGUUGUCAGGAUUGAGAUCUCCAUUGUUUCUAACAUGCCAUACAUCUUCAUGAUCAUCUUCCUCGCCCACUGGGCGACCUCUGAAACCGUCCAAGAAAAGGAUACAAAUCAAGAAAUACGCUGUUACUGCAAUUUGGCCGAGUGCGUCGAGACGUCGUACCUCUGCAAGUCCGAAAGCCUGGGAUGCUUCUCCGACUUGACCUCGUCGACGGACUUCAACAAGGCGAGCCACGGCUGCUUAGAACUUUUACCAAGGGAAAGGAACCACGGGUGCCAAAAUUUGCCCGGUGCCCCGAAAGGGCUGCCGCAGAACACGCUUCUGCUCUGCUGCAAGGAGGAUCUUUGCAAUCACGUCGAUAGCCCCGAGACAAGAAACAAAUUCAACGAGACCAUCCACGCGGUCGCAGCAGUCCACGCGAACAAUGACGAAGCACAGAUGCUGAAAGGUCCAACGUCCCGCAGGCCGGGUUACAGCAGCCACGAGGUGUGGUUCAAAGCGGCGACGAUAGCCGUGCCGAUCUGUGGGGCUCUCAUUCUGCUCAUGCUCAUCCUUCUCGCUGUGAAGAUCCUGAAAACAGAUCCUCAGACGCAUCCGCCCAAGCUCAGGGGGAAAGGAGGCGGCUCGCCGAACUUGCUGUCAGUGGUGGCCCACAAUCCAUCGGCGGACACCAAUAUGAAUCCGGCUGUGAAGAAGCUGCCGCUACUCUACCGGCAAAAUGACUGCAGCAUGCCGGAGGGCGAGAAGCCGGCCCCACAGGAGAAGAACGAGGCCAACGACAAGCUGAAUCGCAGCCCCGACCUAAUCGACUUCCACUUGCAUAAAGUGUCCAACCGGGCGCCUUGCAAUCUCUACCAACCGCUGCUGCCUCCCGCCGGCGUCGACGCCGCCCACUACAAGCAACUCUACAGUAAACCUCUAGUCUGGGGUUGGCCCAACCACCAAUGAUGGGCAACGAGUUUUUUCCUCGAACACAAAUUGCCAAAUACGUUGUAAAUUAAGGGUUUAAAUUGAUUUUAAGUUUUAAAAAAAUCGAAAAAGAGCUGAAUUUAGCGCAAAGUGUAUUCGUAGAUUUUUAAUGUUUUGAAAAAAUCAAGUGCCUAAAACUGAUUCAUUUUUAACUUUGAUGAUCUGAAUGAGCUCCAAGGAUGUUUUACCCUAGGAGAGAGUUUUCCUUGUUAAGUCCAAGUCAGAUGUUUGUGCUAGUCAUGAAUGCUAAUGUUUGGCAAAUUUGCAAUUUUAUUCGUCGCUUUAUUGUUUUCGUUUGAGGACCCAGCCAAUUCGUUGUUUUGUAGGAGUUUUAAUUUUGUGCACUACUAUUUUGAUUUUUAAAGUGAUAUUUUGUAACUUGUUCAUAUUGUACAUAGGUGUAAACACUUCUUCCUUUUGUAAUAUAACAUAUUUUUGUAAUAUCUAUAAACUAUAUUUAAAAAGACUGUACUUAUGUAUAUCGUUAUAAAUAUGUAAUUAGUAUUUUGAUUUUCCGCUCUUUGUAUAUAAUAUUUUUAAUGAGACGACUGUCCUUGAGUUGUUAUGAUAAAAUCUUAGGAUAGGCUUUCCCAUUUGGAAAGAAAUGCAAAAAGUGAUAGCACAUCUAUUUUGUAACGAUAAUGUGCCAACCUUUAUUAUCGGUGAUAAUAAAAAUUAUUUAUAAAUAUUUUAA